CCGGACAGAGAAAGAACUUCCCCACUGGACUCUGAAAUGCACAGGACGGAGCCCCCCAAUCCAAAUACGAUUGGGCUUGUGGACUGCAGGGUGGUCAGGCGGAACGCACAAUCUCUGUGGUAGCUAGCAAGCUGCAACUUCGAGUUCAAGCAGCUGAGCUCGAUCCUGAUUUGUUGCCUCAGCACAAAGAGAGCUGUGUCUUUUUCAACUUGGCGCCUUGGUAGUGCUUGCUGGACUCUCGCAAUUGCGGGUCAGAAGAUUGUCAAAAUGGCACUCAGGGGAGCUGCCUUGCUUACAGGGAUUUACAUCCUCUUUGUGGUCUUUGGAUCAUUCGCCCAGCCACUUGAAGCAAAGAAGUCCAAGAAGAACUUGGAUGAGGUGACGCACAAGGUGUACUUUGACAUUGGUGUUGAUGGCAAGAGCAUCGGCCGUGUUGAGAUCGGGCUAUUUGGCAACGCCGUGCCAAAGACUGUAGAGAACUUCCGUGCUCUUGUGACUGGCGAGAAGGGCACCGGCACUUCUGGCAAGCCUCUUCACUACAAGGGCUCCACCUUCCACCGCAUCAUUCCGAACUUCAUGAUCCAGGGUGGUGACUUUACACGGGGGGAUGGAACAGGGGGAGAAAGCAUCUAUGGAGCCAAGUUCGCUGAUGAGAACUUCAAGCUCACCCACACUGGGCCAGGAGUGCUCUCCAUGGCAAACGCUGGUCCUGACACGAACGGCAGUCAGUUCUUUAUCACUACUGUGAAAACCAGUUGGUUGGACGGCAGGCACGUUGUCUUCGGCAAGGUCGUUUCUGGCAUGGACAUUAUCAUGCAAGUCGAGGCGCAAGGUUCGCAGAGCGGCAAGCCGAAGAAGAAGGUCGAGAUCCUGGACUGCGGCGAGGUUGUCCAGUGAAUUUUGCAAAGCUAGAGCCCGCAGAUGGCAAAAGCAUGAUUGCUGAGCUCCUUCCGAAAUAGAGCCAGUUGAUCACGGUCUGGAGUUGUUGGAAUGCUCAGGCUAAGAGUUGGCCAUCGUUGGUCUGAGCAGGCGCAUGUUCCAUGCUAGAUGCAUGGGUAAAACUGUGGUUGUGCUGCUAAAAAGGUGCUCUUUAUCUUCAUGUGUCCAAAGCAGGGAUACUCUAGUCUGCUUGAAAAGCUUCUACAUCUUUUAAGGACGGGAUCUGUUAAUGAAGCUUGUCAUGGGCAGAUGAUCGACGCGUGCACAUGUGAAAUCGACACUGCAG